AUGGUCACCUCGAGUGAGAGAAAACUACGUGUUAGAUCAGGCCCUAAACCGAACUACACCAUGGACGAUAUGGACGAAGAUGGCUUCGAAGACUAUGAUGAACGAAAAAGCAUAGAGAGAGAAAUGGUCACCUCAAGUGAGAGAAAACUACGUGUUAGAUCAGGCCCUAAACCGAUCUACACCAUGGACGAUAUGGACGAAGACAGCUUGGAAGACAAUGAUGAAUAUUUUGAACGGAAAAGCGAAGAGGUUUGUCGUCUUGGCGAGAUUGAUAAAUUUUUGAACCGUGAAUUUCUUCCUAUGGCAUCUAACGAUCCGGAUUCUGAAAAUGGGGAACCGAGCCAAGUUCCUGUGAAACAAUAUCUUGUGAAGUGGAAACGGUUAUCGUACUUACACUGCUCUUGGGUGACCGAGCAGGAAUUCGAGAAGGCUUACAAGUCACAUCCUCGUCAAAAAUUAAAGGCAAGGGUGAACAAAUUUAACGCUGUGAUGGACUCUACCAGCAGUCACAACGGAGGUGAUGAGUUUAUUGCCAUUCAUCCUGAGUGGACAACUGUUGACCGGAUUCUUGCUUGCCGGGAAGAAGAUGAUGGGAAGGAGUAUCUGGUGAAGUUCAAAGGACUUAAUUAUGACGAAACUUACUGGGAAGCUGAAUCAGACAUCUCAGCAUUCCAAAACGAAAUUCAAAAGUUUGAGGAUAUAAACUCUGGCACUCGUAGAGAUAAAUAUGUCGAAAACGAGAGAGAUCAAACGGAAUUCAAAGAUUUCGAUCAUACUCCUGAAUUCCUCAAAGGCACACUGUAUAAGUACCAGCUCGAAGGGCUUAAUUUCUUGAGGUAUUCAUGGUCCAAGGGAACCCAUGUAAUCCUUGCGGAUGAAAUGGGGCUAGGGAAAACAAUACAGGGUAUUGCCUUCUUGGCUACUCUGUUCGAGGAAAACCAAGCUCCUCAUCUGGUUGUUGCUCCCCUCUCAACCCUCCGUAACUGGGAGAGGGAAUUUACCACAUGGACUCCACAGCUCAAUGUGGUUAUGUACACUGGGACUUCCGAAGCACGUCGUGUCAUAAGGGAACAUGAGUUCUACUUAGGGAAUAAUAUUAUUAAGUUUGAUGUCCUCCUCACUUCGUAUGAGAUGAUUAACGGCGACACAGCAUUUAUGAAACCAAUCAAGUGGAACUGCAUGAUUGUUGAUGAAGGCCAUCGUUUGAAAAAUAUGAAUUCAAAGUUGUUCUAUUCAUUGAAGCAGUAUACGAGUAAGCAUCGCGUUCUGCUGACCGGAACACCACUUCAGAACAACUUGGAUGAACUUUUCUUUCUCAUGCAUUUUCUUGAUGAGACGAAGUUUGGGAGUUUAGAGGAGUUUCAAAAAGAUUAUAAAUAUAUAAAUCAAGAGGAGCACAUUUCAAAACUCCACCAAAUGUUGGCACCGCAUCUGCUUAGAAGGUUAAAGAAAGACGUGUUAAAGGAGGAUGAGCUGCCCUCUAAGAAGGAGCUUAUUUUGCGUGUUGAUCUGAGCAGCCAGCAAAAACAUUUGUACAAAGCUGUUCUUACGCGUAAUUAUCAAAUCUUGGCAAAGAAAGGAGGUGGUAAAGUAGCUAACGUGCUAAUGGAAUUACGAAAAGUUUGCUCUCAUCCAUAUCUGCUAGACGGCGUCGAGCCAACUUUUGUAAACGCUGAUGAAGAUUUUAAACAACUCCUAGAAGCUUCCGGAAAAUUGCAACUUUUGGACAAAAUGAUGGUCAAACUCAAAGAGCAGGGGCAUCGAGUGCUCAUAUACUCCCAAUUCCAACGCACUCUAGACCUUUUUCAGGAUUACUGCAGUUAUAAGAAUUGGUCUUAUGAACGGAUCGAUGGAAAGGUCGAUGGUGCUGAGAGACAAGUACGCAUAGAUCGUUUCAAUGCAGAAAACUCUAAUCGGUUCUGUUUUUUGCUCUCUACAAGAGCUGGGGGAAUAGGAAUAAACCUUGCGACAGCUGAUACAGUCAUCAUUUAUGACAGCGAUUGGAAUCCCCACGUGGAUAUUCAAGCUAUGGCAAGAGCGCAUCGCCUUGGUCAGACCAGUAAAGUGAUUGUAUACCGUCUUGUACAUCGACACACUGUGGAGGAAAAAAUUAUCCAGAUAGCUAAAAAGAAGAUGCUUCUACAGCAUCUGGUGGUAGGAAAACUUAAACAACCCCAGCUCACUCAAGAUGAGCUUGACGAGAUAGUCAAGCACGGCUCCAAGGAACUAUUCAGUGAAAAACAUGAUGAUGAGGCGGAAAACUCUGGCAAAAUUCAUUAUGAUGAUGCUGCUAUCGACAAGUUGCUUGACCGUGAGUGUAUAGUUGCUGAAGAGGGUGAUGAAGAGGAGAAUGAUUUCUUAAAGGCUUUCAAGGUGGCCAAUUAUGAGUAUAUUGAUGAAAAUGAGGCUGCGGCUGCAGCAGUAGAGGAGGCACAAGCUAUAGAAAACAAGUCUUCAGCAAAAACUGCUGAUAGUAGAAGUCAUUGGGAAGAGCUUUUAAAAGACAAACAUGAAGUGCACCAAGCUGAGGAGCUCAGUGGUCUUGGAAAGAGGAAAAGAAAGUGCAAACAGGUGAAAUAUGUUGAAGAAGAUGAUGAUGAGUUUUCUGGUUCAGAAGUGAGCUCCGAUGAGAGGGAGGAAGCAGUUGAAGUAGCUCCACAGAAAACCCCGAGGGGUAGAAGGCCUUACAGAAAAAGGGCUCGCGAUAACUCGGAGCCAAUACCUUUGAUGGAAGUGAGCUCCGAUGAGAGGGAGGAAGCAGUUGAAGUAGCUCCACAGAGAACUCCGAGGGGUAGAAGGCCUUACAGAAAAAGGGCUCGUGUUAACUCGGAGCCAAUACCUUUGAUGGAAGGCGAAGAAACCUCUUUGUGGGUGCUGGGUUUUAACGAGAUUGAAAGGAAAGCCUUUUUAGAUACGUUUAAGAGGUAUGGAGCUGGAAACUUUGAUUGGAAGGAGUAUGGUCAUCCCUUAAGGCGGAAGACCUAUGACGAGAUUAAUACGUAUGGGGUACACUUCUUGAAACACAUUGCUGAAAAUUCCAACAAUGAUUCUCCAACUUUUUCAGACGGUGUUCCCAAAGGUGACAUAGUUAGUGCGGAGCUGCUAAUCAGCAUGACUUUAAUGAUGCUAGUAAAGGAGAAGUGUCAAUUUAUGGAUGACCAUCCGACAGGACCUGUUUUCCCUGACCACAUUGUCAAAAUGUUCUGUUUGAGAAGAGGACCACUUUCUGAUGAACAACAUGACAGAAUUAUUAUUCGUGCUGUUCAUAAGUAAGAUAACCUUUCAAAGAGGAUCCUUACUUAAAAAAAAAAAAAAAAUUAUUUUGUUUGCUGAUCAUAUGCUGUUUCUCUUCUUGAAAAUUGAUAAAUAUAGGCAUGGAUUGGAGGGAUGGGUGACCAUUAUAGAUGACAAAGAGUUAGAGGUCGAAGAGAUUGCCUGCAAAGAACGGGGUUUCCCUUUCCCUUUUGUAACUUCGUGUGGUAGAGGGAAGAGAAACUCAUAUCAAACCCACAUACUUGCUCAGCUUGUAGAAGAACGAUUUACGAAACUGGAGAAGGCGAUGAAAUAUGAGUACGCAGAAAAAAUACUUGCUAGACAAGCAGAAGCUGAAACAAAGGUGAUGAAUACAGUGGGAACGAGCUCUGUAGCUGCAGACAAAGAAAUACUUCAGACUGAGCCCAUAAGUUUUAUAGAAGAUACUUCUGCAUUUGCCGUUGACAACAAGCAAGGCAGGGUUGAAGAGGCUCAACAUUACAAGGAG